AUGUCUCAAAUUGAGAAUUGCAUUCAAUCAUCAUCCACAGACUCCGAAGGUACAACAAAAACAACAAAUCAUUCAAAAAUUGAAAUUCAUGUUGCAGAGUUUUAUAGUGGAAUCGGAGGAACAAAAAUGGCCGUAGAACUCAUUGAAGCGUUUAUUGAACAAUUUUUUAUGAAUAAGAACCCUUCAAAUGAUGGAUUAUCUGUUGUCAUUCCGAACAAAAUUAAAUUUUCAUGGAUUGGAGCAUUUGAUAUCAACGAAAAUGCAAAUAUACUAUACAAACAUUUAUUUGGACACGAACCUUGUGCAAAGGAUAUUGCUCAUAUUCCAAUUUGUGAUUUUGAAAGACAAUACUUUAAGAAAAUUUUGGAAAAGAGAAAAGAACAAUAUUCAAAUUCGUCAUCUACCUUUGAAAAGUCUCAAAAGAAGCAAAAACUCAGCGAAAAUUACUCUCAGAUGGAAACAUUCUCAAAAAUUUUGUGGACAAUGUCUCCUCCUUGUCAACCCUUUACACUCAAUGGAAAUAGAAAAGACAAUGAAGAUGAUAGAACAAGAAGUUUUUUAUAUUUAAUGAGCGAACUUUUCCCUAAAAUAUUGCCGGAUUAUAUAUUUGUUGAAAAUGUCAAAAAUUUUGAGAUAUCGAAAACUAGACAACAUUUAGUGAACCAGUUAACAAACCAUGGAUAUCAAUUUAAGGAAUUUCUUUUAUGCCCAACUCAGUUAGGCCUUCCCAAUCAGCGUGUGAGAUAUUAUCUUAUAGGACGAAGAGUAGAAUUCAACAUUGAAAAUGCUGUGAACAUUACUGAAAUCUCUCAAAUGAUAGAAAUCCCACUGAAUUUACAGACUUGCCUUCCUGAUUACAUGUUUUUAAAAUCUGAAAAUAAUCAAUUACGACCUCUUCUUGAUUAUGACCGAGUUUUUAAUCACCCGAAACAAAUUGAUCAAUUAGAAAAGCAAGGAAAGCAAGCAACUUUUUUGGAUCUCUAUAAUCUUUCUUCGAUAUUGCUAACCUCUGAAGAAGAAAAACUAUAUGAACGAGAUAUGAUUUUUGUGGAACAAAAACAUCUUGCUAAAAUCAAAGGUUAUCGGUACGACUUGAUUUUGAAAAAGAGCAACCACUCCAAAGACACUGCUCCAUUAAAGCGUGUCUGCAGUUGCAUUACAAAGUCGUACGGCCAAACUCAAUUUCUCAGAGGAACUGGACCUCUAGUUUUGUUGUUAAACGACACAUAUUUGGAUGUAGAUGUCGAGAAAAUUUUUCAAAGUAUUGACUUUGAGAACAUUGAGACGCUGACCGGGUUGGGAAGAAUACGGUUUCUUCACCCUAUUGAAGUAGCCCGCUUGAUGACCUUUACUCCUUGGUUUUCUUGCCCUUCCUCAAAGCUUUCGAUCAAGCAACAAUAUAAAUUGAUGGGAAACUCAGUCAAUGUUCUAUCAGUGGCAAAUGUCAUGGUCCAACUGUUCUUGGAGGCUAAGCCAAAGGAUCUUGAUUGA